UGUUAUUUGGGUGGAUCAGGCCGGCCAGUCAUCUCGUCACGCAACUCAAAGCACGUUUUUUGCGUUUCCCAACGCCCUGUGUCAUCGCCAUUAAAAAUCAAACCUUUCUAUUAAUGCAGCAUUCAAGGGAAUCUUUUUAGCGGCUCUACAGACUAAAAUAUAAGCAUUUUGCCUCAAUGAAAUGCUGCAAGUGGCCAUGGAAGUGAAGGAGUGUCAUCACCUGGAAGAACCACUUCUAACUAACAGUCAUAGUUUGUCUUUCUAUUCCAACGCUAAUUUUCUAAGUAAGCUCACUUUUUCAUGGAUGAGUCCUCUUCUCUACAUGGGGAGGCAGAAAAGAUUAGACCUUGAGGACAUUCCUGAACUGGCUAGUGGUGACAGAGUAAAUGGCGUUUUCUCAAUAUUUAGAGAGAAGCUUCAGCUCCACGGGAGUCUCAAUGCUCUUGCGCUAGCAAAGUCACUAAUUGCUUCUGCAUGGAGAGAAUUAUUACUCUCAGUUGUCUUCUCAGUGAUAUUCACUAUAUGCUCUUUUGUUGGUCCUUAUUUGAUUGAGUCCUUCGUUCAGUACCUUCAUGCUCAUCAAAAUCACUCCGUUAAGGGAUACAUUCUAGUUUCAAUCUUUCUCUUUGCGAAGCUUGUUGAGUGUCUUGCUCAAAGGCACUGGUUUUUUCGAGCGCAGAAGUUUGGGAUGAAGGCCCAUGCUGCAUUGGUAGCAAAGAUCUAUGAGAAGGGUCUAUCUUUGUCCAACAGAUCCACACAAUAUUAUGGUUGUGGAGAGAUUGUUAAUUUGAUGAGUGUAGAUGCUGAGAGGAUUGGACGUUUUUCGUGGUAUAUGAUUGAUUUCUGUCUUAUUCCCGUUCAAGUUGGAUUGGCUCUUGUUAUUCUAUACAACAAAUUGGGUUUUGCGUCCCUUGUAGCUUUAGCAGCCACUACAUUGGUCAUGACCACGAACAUUCCUUUUAGUAAGUUAGAGCAGAGUUUCCAAGAGAAAAUUAUGGAGUCGAAAGACAUGAGGAUGAAGACGACAUCUGAGAUCUUAAGAAACAUGAGAAUUCUUAAGUUUUAUGGGUGGGAAAUGAGAUUUUUGUCAAAGAUUAUAAAUUUAAGAGAGAAUGAAAUGAGUUGGCUGAGAAAAUUCCUAUAUACUGAGGUAAUAAUAACAUUUGUGUACUAUGGUGCUCCUAUAUUCGUCUCCUUGGCUACUUUCUCGGCUUGUGUGAUUAUGGGAACACCACUUGAAUCAGGGAAGGUCUUAUCAGCACUUGCAACAUUUGGGAUACUUAAGGAUCCUAUAUAUAAUCUCCCUGACAUUAUAUCAAUGCUUGCACAGACUUUAGUUUCAAUUGAUAGAAUAUCUACAUUUCUUUCUUUGGAAGAAUGCCAGUUUAAUGCGAUCGAGAAGAUCCAUGAGAUAAAUUCUGAAAUAAAUUCUGAAGUUGCAGCAGAGAUAAUUAGUAGCAAUUUCUCCUGGGAUCCUUCAUCUGAUAGACUCACAUUAAAAGAUAUCAAUUUGAGAGUUUUACAUGGCAUGAAGGUUGCAGUUUGUGGUGCUGUUGGUUCUGGAAAAUCUAGUUUACUAUCUUGCAUCCUUGGGGAAAUUCAGAUGUUGUCUGGUACCAUGAAGGUGUCUGGAAGUACAGCUUAUGUUGCUCAAUCACCAUGGAUACAGAGUGGCACUAUUGAGAGCAAUAUACUUUUUGGGAAAGAAAUGAAUAGGGAUAAGUAUCAGUGUGUGAUAGAAGCAUGUGCAUUGACGAAAGAUUUGAAAAUGUUACCAUUUAUGGACAAGACAAUCAUUGGAGAGAGAGGUAUCAACUUGAGUGGUGGCCAGAAGCAAAGGAUACAGAUCGCACGAGCUUUGUAUCAGGAUUGUGAUAUCUAUCUAUUGGAUGAUCCAUUUAGUGCUGUUGAUGCCCAAACAGGAAACCAUCUCUUCAAGGAGUGUAUGCUAGGGCUUUUAGCCUCUAAAACUGUUAUCUAUGUGACACAUCAAAUGGAGUUUCUUCCAUCGGCUGACCUGAUCUUGGUUAUGAAGAUGGGAGAAUUUAUACAAACUGGAAAAUAUGAUGAUAUUCUUAAGUCCAUUUUGCCUCAAUGA